AUGAUCCCUGCCCCCAAGCCCCAUCCUCCAAUUUGUUCAGUUGUGAAUGCUGCGUCCUGUCCUGGUGACGGGAGAACAAUGUUGGUGAACGUCGAAGAGGGUGUCCAAGUGCUCCGUGCGCCCCUGGGAGCGAGUGGGGCGGAAGCCCGGUCGGCCGGCAGCCUGGCGAUAGCGCUCUAUCUGCGCUGCCGGCUUGGCCUACUGGUUAUUUGCGACGGGGCUGUGGUCGGUUCAGCGGGUGCGCCGGGGACUGGCAGGGGCGGGGCGGCUUUAUCGCCCGGUUCUGCGGCUGCUGCCUGGCGCUCCAGAGCUAGCUGGACCGCUGUCCUCUCGCCAUGGGCUCCGGUGAGUCUGGGGUCUGCCCGGCCAGGCCGCUCCCUGAGUAGAGUCCGGUGGGGAGGUGCUCUGUCCUCUGGGCUGUAGUCGGGAGAGGUUUGGGUCAGACUUAGAGGGCACUUCCAGCCGUGCCGGGCUGUCGGGGUGGAGAGGCUCGCGGGUGAUGGGGGGCACGCGGGUGCCCCGGGACCCCGCCCAGGCCCCAAGGGCCGGGCUCACCGCGGCGCUUCCCUUCCAGGGCCGCGCGGGGCGCUGAGCCUAAUGCUUCUGCUGCUCGCGCCGCCGGGCCGCCCGGCCGCUGGCUGCCCGGCCCCGUGUCGUUGCGCGGGGACGCGCGUGGACUGCGGGCGCCGCGGGCUGACGUGGGCUUCGCUGCCGGCCGCCUUCCCGCCAGAUACGACCGAACUGGUGCUGACGGGCAACAACCUGACGGCGUUGCCACCAGGGCUGCUGGACGUGCUGCCGGUGCUGCGUGUCGUGCACCUGGGCGCCAACCCCUGGCGCUGCGACUGCCACCUGGUGCCGCUGCGCGCCUGGCUGGCAGGCCGGCUGGAGCGCGAGCCCUACCGCGACCUGCGCUGCGCCGCGCCCCCCGCGCUACGGGGCCGCCUGCUGUCCUACCUGGCGGAGGAGGAGCUGCGCGCCGCCUGCCCGCCUGGCGCGCUCUGCCGCGGGGCGCUAGCGGCGCAGCUCCUGCUACUCUGCCUUGGGCUGCUGCACGCGCUGCUGCUGGCGCUGCUGCUGUGCCGCCUGCGGAGGCUGCGCGCCCGCGCCGCGCGCCGGUGGCCGCUGACUACCCCGCUGGCGGAGGAGCCCGCGACCCCCGAGCCGAGCGACUGGCGCUGAGCCGUGCGGCCGGCCCGCUGACGGCCCCCCGCUCCGGCCGCAUCCUCCGCCCACACGAUCUCCCAGACGCUCCCCCCACCGCGGCCGCGCGCAGGGGCCCCACUGCUGCGCGCGCACCGCUGGCGACACGCUCGCACCCCCUGGACCUGGAUGCCGAAGCGGGCCCGGGGCGAGCCGCUGCCCAGACCAGUCGAGCCCCCCACGCCAUCUCCAGUGCGAAUAAACCCUGCUCUCCAUCCGACCGAUCUCUGCACCGUGCGACUCGGAAUCCCCCCCCUCAAACCCAGAAAGAGCUCCGGGGAUGAUUCAAGGGGACACAUCGCAUGUUCAUACACCCAAAAUCACCUUCUGGGGUGCGCACAAGGUCUGGGAGUGAACUCACCUGCCACCGACUCUCCCAGAAGUUCUAGUGAGAAGGCACAGAAGAGCUGGAAGUACAGUGCCCACACUGGCGGGAGUGAGGACACAGGGGACAGUGAGGACAGUGGACAGUGAGGACACUGUGGAGCAGUGAGGACACUGGACAGGACAGUGUGGGGACGGUGAGGACCCCACAGGAAGUGUAGUUGCCAGAAAGAGCAGAUGCUCAGAGUGGCGGUUUCCGGGAGUCAGUGAGGGUCUUCCAGGUGGCUCUGAGGACAGUCCAGGGUGUGAGGUUUCCCUGAAGGCAGUGACUGCGCCACACAGGCAGCUUUCAGGGUAUCAGGGGUGCA